GCUGCUAUCCAAACACGUCGACAUGGAGAAGAUAAACAGACAAGUAGCACGGUCGCUGUUGACGUUGUGUACAUUCGAACAGGGCGUGUAAAUAUCCGCGGACCACAGCGGUUCAUGUCGCCGUCAUUGAGAUCAUUUGUAUGUUAUUGAAGCUACAUUGCUGUGGGAGAAGCUAAUGGUCGUGCCAACAUGGACAGUGGCCUGAGUCCCCAGGAUAAGAAAGACUUGGACAAGUUCAUUAAGUUCUUUGCCUUGAAGACUGUCCAGGUGAUUGUCCAGGCUCGCCUCGGAGAAAAGAUCUGCACUCGCUCGUCCUCGUCGCCUACUGGCUCUGAUUGGUUUAAUUUGGCCAUCAAAGACAUCCCAGAGGUUACUCAUGAAGCCAAGAAGGCACUGGCUGGCCAGCUUCCAGGCAUCGGACGCUCCAUGUGCGUCGAGAUCUCCCUGAAGACGUCAGAGGGUGACUCAAUGGAGCUGGAGACUUGGUGCCUGGAGAUGAAUGAAAAGUGUGAUAAGGACAUCAAGGUGUCGUAUACAGUCUACAAUCGUCUGUCUGUCCUUCUGAAGUCUCUGCUGGCCAUCACCAGAGUAACACCCGCCUAUAAACUGUCUAGAAAGCAGGGACACGACUAUGUCAUCUUAUAUAGGAUUUACUUUGGGGAGGUCCAGCUGAGCGGAUUAGGAGAAGGUUUUCAGACGGUGCGUGUCGGCGUUGUCGGCACCCCUGUUGGCACAGUCACACUUUCAUGUGCUUACCGCACCAACCUGGCAUUCAUGUCCAGCAGACAGUUUGAGCGGUCGGCUCCCAUCAUGGGGAUCAUUGUGGAUCACUUUGUGGAUCCUCCCUGCAGCAGCCAGCGUCCUGCAAACAUGGGGCAGCCCUGCAACUACAGAGCUCCAGAUGAGGAGGACGGGGGACCGUUUGCAGGUGUUCAGGAUUCCCAGGAGGUCUGCACCACCUCCUUCUCCACCUCCCCUCCCUCUCAGUGUGUGUGCACACUGAGUCCUUCGCCUUCUAAACUGUCUAAGCCCGUCCCCCUGGAUAGUCUGCAGCUCCCAUUGGCUCCUGGACUUGUCACUCACACUCUGUACGCUUCCAGACUAUCAUACCAGCCUCCAGCUCUAGCAGGAGCUGCUGAUCUUUGCCACCCUGCUGCCAAUCCAAACCAGAUGUUGCAUGCUGGGAAGGAGGGCGGGGUCAUGUUAGUUCCUGCCCAGCCUCCUCAUGGAGCUGAUGCCCAUCUGACAGCAGAGCACGCCCCCAACACACCUGGCAGCAGCGGUGACGAUGACUGCCUGUCGCACAGCGGAGAAGGAAGGAGGGAUGAAGGGAGGAGCGUCUCUCCCUCUGACCCCGUGGAGUCUCUCAAUGCCUUCACGAGGAAAAUCGGGGCCUUUGUGAAUAAACCCAGCGCGCAGAUAACAGCAACCAGUAUGGACCUGCCAUUUGCUGCAUUUGCUCCUCGAGGCCUGGACUCAGAGGAGAAUGAUCCCAUGGUGCAGCCUCCAGACUCUCCUCCUUGCCCGUCACCCCUGCAGGCCAGCCUCCACUCUCAGGGCUCAGAGGGAUCGGGGCCACAGGACGACUUUGUCAUGGUCGACUUUCGUCCAGCUUUCUCUAAAGACGACUUGUUGCCGAUGGAUCUGGGCACUUUCUACAGAGAGUUCCAGAACCCUCCCCAGCUGGCCAGCCUCUCACUGCACAUCAGCGCCCAGUCGAUGGCCGAUGACCUGGACUCACUUCCAGAGAAGCUGGCUGUUUAUGAGAAAAACAUAGACGAGUUUGACGCUUUUGUGGACAUGCUUCAGUAGAGAAGGAGUGAAGAGAGGCUGACAGAUGGACUACAUAUGCGAAAAGACUAAACGGAUGAAGCCGAAUGGAAAAGAAUGAAAGGGAGAAGCAGACCGGAAGCUCUGUAGUAGUUUGUUCUGACUAAAUCACCAUGUUUUAAUGUGAAGCACCUCAUUUCUGACAUUUUCCCUUCCUGCCCAGCACGUUUACCUCUCUUCCAGCUUGUACAGGUCUCCUCUUCCACUGUAAAUACUGUAUUAUCUCCUGACACUGGCAUACACCCCCUUGAUGGUCCGGUAGUGUUAAUUCAAACAAAAGAUCUUUAUUUUCUAUGUGGCACAAAUCCACUCUCGUUGUCGGUGUGUAAUCGGAUGAUCAUGUGUCACUUUAGACAGCCAUGCAGUUCAAGGACAGACUGUUUAUCCUCCCUCCCUGCUGAACACUGCUAGACUCUGGUUUCCUCUACAUCAUGGCCUUUCUGAUCAUAUCCAUGCUAAAGGUGAAAGUGACACUACUCCAGAAAUUAAACCAAUCUUUGUGUGAUGGGCUUCAGGAAAGGUUUUUUCCUUCCAAAACAAAAUAUUGAACAGCUGGUCUUGGCAAAUAAAUUGUACUUGGCCUAUUUUGUGA